AUGGUUCGCAAAGAUCCCAUCUUCGAAGCCCGCACAAAUGUCAAGCUCCACUCCAACCGAUUGAAAAAGGAAGCCGCGCGUGCUGAGGCAACUUACAAGUCCGAGAAAGCUAAAGCGGACAAGGCAAUGAAGAACCGCGAGUUCCAGAUUGCCCGAAUCCAUGCCGCCUCCGCCGUUCGUGAGAAGCGGCGCCAAGUCACCCUUAAAUCCGAAGCCGCUCGCUCCGAUGUGAUCAUCAACGAGCUGAAAGCGGCCCAGAGCACACGCGACACAUCACGAACACUGGCUCUCGCCUCAAGGGGCCUCGACGCAGCAUCAAAGAGUGUCAACUUGGAACAUUUGGUCGCGCAUGCAAAUAACUUCCUGGCUCGGUCAGAAGAUUUCAAGAUUGCGAGUGCCGCUAUUGAUGAUGUGGCGCAGGGUGUAUCUAUGCAGGAGUAUGGGGCUGAGGGGGAGACGGAAGUUGAUCGGUUGAUGGAGCAGUUGGCCGAUGACGCAGGUGUUGAUAUGCGGAUGGCGCUCGAUACUGAUCAGGCUCCGAAGAACGAGGUCAAGGACCAACAAGUUAAAGUAGAUGCCGAUGUCGAGGAUGGAUUAGGAGCUCGACUGCGCGCUUUACGAGCUGCCAAUUAA